GUGCCCAUGCCCUGAGUUCAAGCCCAAAUACUGGCACACUAAAAAGAGAAGAAAACUAGGGAGAGCUAAAAACAGUAUCAAAGAUCAGAGCCACAAACCUAGGCUUGCAGUAGUUCCCAGAACUGUUCUAAUCAGGACCUGGGCACUCCUCCAUUGGAAUGCCUCCCGCUCCUAAUGGCAACCAGGAACCUAAAUCUCAACUUUUGGAGAACUUCAGGCAAUGGCUCUUGCUAAUAACCUUUAUCAAAUACUUGGGGGCUUUGUAAUCAGCCCUACUUUUCAAUCCCAUGCUCCACCUGUGGGAACAAUUUCAGAUAGAGCACAUAUGUGAGCAAUGAAGCUCAGAUGCAGGAUGAGGGAAGUCUGGUUCCAGGGCCUUCAACACUGCUGAGAGGCAGUUGCACAAAGAGGAAACUGCACUGCACAGGCAAAGAUGCCUGGUAGCUGUGGCUGUGUUGACACUCAGAGACAUGGGAUCCUGGAAGCUUGAGGCAGCAGAUACUUUGGACUAAGAUUUGGUGUGGUGGUUGACAGAGACCGGCACUGCCUUCCCGGAGAUGGCUGAGGUGGUGGCUGAGGUGGCUGAGAUGCUGACGCCAUCACAAGGGGCUGUGGAGAUGUCAACAUCUCUGUCAGGGGAGCUGGCAGAGAUUGCCACAGAGGUCACAGAGAUGACCCCUGGGGAGGCCCUUGCCUCGUCCCUCUUCUUCCAGCACCACCAGUUCAUGUGCUCCGAAUGUGGCAGCCUGUACAACACCCUGGAGGAAGUCCUCUCUCACCAGGAGCAGCACGUGGCCACUGUGUCAGAGGAGGAGGCACUGACCACGCAGGACGUCAGCCUGGAGCCUGAGCUGGUGCCAGCCAACGAGGAGGGGCCUUUCCAAUGUGGAGAGUGCAGCCAGCUCAUCCUGUCCCCCAGCGAGCUCCUGGCCCACCAGGAUGCCCACCUCCAGGAGUCUGCAAGCCAGAUCCAAUACCAGUGCGGGGACUGCCAGGAGCUCUUCCCCUCACCGGAGCUGUGGGUGGCUCACCGAAAGGCUCACCACCUUGCGGCUCCCACCACCGAACCACCAGUGCCACCUCCUUUGCCUCCCCCACCUCUACCACCAGCUGUCAAGAUGGAGCCCUAUGAGUGUCCUGAAUGUUCCACCCUCUGUGCCACCCCUGAGGACUUCUUAGAGCAUCAGGGCACCCACUUCGACUCUCUGGAGAAAGAAGAACGCAAUGGGUUAGAGGAGGAAGAAGAGGAGGAGGAGGAAGAGACAGAAGACGAGGAGGAGCUUGCUGAUGACCCCACGGGCAUUGGUGACAGGUCCACAGAUUGCCGGGCUCAGAGCUGUGAGGACUGUCCCCAGCGCUGUCCCACAUCAGGGGCAAGGCGGCGACACCGGCGGGUGUCACGUGGGCCGACAUCCGCCAGCCACCCCUUCCACUGCAGCCAGUGCCAGCGCAGCUUCAGCUCCGCAAACCGGCUGCUGGCCCACGGGCGGGCCCACGUGGGGGGCACGCACGAGUGUACCACCUGCUCCAAGGUGUUCAAGAAGGCAGCGUCGCUGGAGCAGCACCAGCGGCUGCACCGUGGGGAGGCCCGCUACCUCUGUGUGGACUGUGGCCGCGGCUUUGGCACGGAGCUCACCCUGGUGGCCCACCGGCGGGUUCACACCGCCAACCCACUGCACCGCUGCCGCUGUGGCAAGACGUUCAGCAACAUGACUAAGUUCCUGUACCACCGGCGGACCCACGCAGGGAAAAGCGGGACCCCUACUGCGCCGUCAAGCAUCUCCCCGGGGCCCGCUGAGACCACGCCCCCGGCCCCACCCCCGGCCCCGCCCCCCACCGCCCAGCUGCCCUGCCCGCAGUGCUCCAAGUCCUUUGCCUCCGCCUCUCGGCUCUCCCGGCACCGGCGAGCUGUCCACGGGCCCCCCGAACGACGACACCGCUGCGGCGUCUGUGGCAAGGGCUUCAAGAAGCUGGUGCACGUACGUAACCACCUGCGGACGCACACAGGCGAGAGGCCUUUCCAGUGCCACUCAUGUGGCAAGACCUUCGCCUCCCUGGCCAACCUCAGCCGCCACCAGCUGACCCAUACCGGUGUGCGUCCCUACCAGUGCCUGGACUGUGGCAAGCGCUUCACCCAGAGCUCCAACCUGCAGCAGCACCGGCGGCUGCACCUGCGGCCCGUGGCCUUCGCCCGCGCCCCCCGUCUCCCAAUCACGGGUCUCUACAACAAGAGCCCCUACUACUGCGGGACCUGCGGCCGCUGGUUCCGUGCCAUGGCGGGCCUGCGACUGCAUCAGCGGGUCCAUGCCCGUGCCAGGACUAUGUCCCUGCAGCCCCCCAGAUCACCGUCUCCUGCCCCACCGCCGCCCCCCGAGCCACAGCAGACGAUCAUGUGCACGGAGCUCGGAGAGACCAUCGCCAUCAUUGAGACUUCCCAGCCCCUGGCACUGGCAGAUACACUGCAGCUGUGCCAGGCUGCACUGGGCGCCAGCGAGGCGAGCGGGCUGUUGCAGUUGGACACGGCCUUUGUGUGACCCAACAGAAGAGCCCUGAGGAAAGGGUUUGGUCGUAAGAGCAAAGGCUCAUUCAAGGGGUAAAGGACCUUCUGGUAAGCUGGUCUGGCACCCAUCAUGUGCCAGCAUCCACGGUGGCCUCCU